UUCUUCUCCGUUACUCAUACCUGCAGAAGAAGCCUGGUUUACCUCACAUAGUUCUCAACCACAAAACCUCGGCAUCCUGUGUCUUGUCUAGAGGUGGGAUUUGUGGAGAGUAUUGCAGAGCUGCAGGUGUUUGAUGGAGAGAUGGAGUGCGGAAGUUGUGCAGUGUCAGAGCAGGCCCCAGAGAUGUCGUGUGAACUGCUCGCUCGAGAAUGAUGCUAUCGCCUCCGGGCUCAUGUGCUCACAGUUCAUCAUCUGCAUGUUUUCCAAAGGUGACGGUGAAGUACUUCAGACGAGCUCAGAACUAGAUAGGCACUUCACUCACAGCCUUGCAGCUAAACGAGUGAGCUGCAGUUGUUGUAACGCAACAUCUUCUUCCACAAUUCAUCAGGAAUGCUGCCAAGCGCGAGUUGGCAAACUCGAUGAAGGGCAUGGCAUCAAAGUAAAGCAAAGCAAACACAGCUGCAGCUUUGCUUGAACAAUCCUAUUGUUUCAAUACUCAUGUACUUGAUGAGUUGUUUAGUUUUUAGUUUAAGAAAAAUGAGGGUAUUAGAGUAGAGGUCUUCUCAUACACACACACACACACACAUAUAUAUAUAUAUAUAUAUAUAUAGAAGAGUGUCUCAAUUAAUUGUCAUAGUCCAGUGAGGACUUCUUUCAUGUGUCAGACUUGUGAUAUGAUAUGGAGAUUGGACACCUCGUCGUUAUCAUUCUA